ACCUGGGAAUGGGUGGGGGGGGUAGGGGGGGGGGGCGACAAUUGGCAUCAGGGACAAGGGACAUUGUCCCCCCCCAGGAGCUGCUGUCGCUGUCACCGUCACCGUCACUGUCACCGUCACUGUCACUGUCACCGUCAUGGCCACCGCCCUGCUCAGGAGGGUCCUGCGGGGGGCAGAGGAGCGCUCGGCCCAGGCCACCCUGGCCGCGUGGCACCAGUAUCGUCACGAGUGUCACCUGCGCCUGCGCCUCGAGCCCCCGGCCACCGGACCCGUCUGCAACCGCACGUUCGACAUGUACGCCUGUUGGGGGGACGGUGUCCCCAACAGCACUGUCACCGUCCCCUGUCCCUGGUACCUGCCCUGGCACCACCGAGUGCAGGAUGGGGUGGUGACGCGGCGCUGCGGCCCCGAUGGCACUUGGGUGACGGACGAGACGGGGCGGCCGUGGCUGGACCACGAGCAGUGCGGGGACACGCGGGGACAGCAGGAGCUGCAGCGCCACGCGUGGCUGCUGGAGCAGUUCCGCCUGCUCUACACCGUGGGUUACUCCGUGUCCCUCGUCGCCCUUGUCCUCGCUCUGCUCCUCCUCCUCCUCUUCAGGCGCCUGCGCUGCACCCGCAACGUCAUCCACGCCAACCUGUUCGCGUCCUUCGUGCUGCGCGCCGGGGCCAUCCUGGCCAGGGACUCCUUGCUGGAACGUCACCUGCGGCCAUGGGGACGCGGGGACAUCCGGGACAUCGCGGGGGAGCGGGCGGUGGCCGGUUGCCGCCUGGCGCAGGUGGUCACCCAGUACUGCGUGGGUGCCAACUACGGGUGGCUGCUGGCCGAGGGGCUGUUCCUGCACAAGCUGCUGGUGCUGGUCACCUUCUCGGGCCAGCGCUGCCUGCCCGCCUUCCUGCUGCUGGGCUGGGGUGCUCCCGUCCUCUUCGUUGUCCCCUGGGUGGUGGCCCGUGCCCUCUACGAGAACGAAGGGUGCUGGGAGAGGAACGAGAAGGCGGCGGUUUGGUGGAUCAUCCGCUGUCCCAUCCUGGUGGCCGUGGCGGUGAACUUCGUGGUGUUCGUGCGCAUCGUCCGCAUCUUGGUGGCCAAAGUGCGGGCGCACCAGGUGGCCCGUGGGGACACCCGGCUCAGGCUGGCGCGCUCCACGCUGACGCUGAUCCCGCUGCUGGGGGUGCACGAGGUGGCCUUUGCGCUGGCGGGGGAGGGGCAGGGGGGGGACACCCCCCGGCUGGUGCGGCUGUGCCUGCAGCUGCUGCUGUCGUCAUCGCAGGGUCUCGUUGUCAGCGUCCUCUACUGCUUCGUCAACAAGGAGGUGCAGGCCGAGGUCCGGCGGGGGUGGCAGCGCUGGCGCUGGGGGGUCACCCCCCCCCCGGGCCCCCUCCCCCCCCCCGGGGGGGUCCCCAGGGCCGAGAGCUGUUGCUGA